AUGCGAUUCUCUCUCGCUGCCCUCUCCACCGUCCUCCUUAUGGGCGCCGCCUACGCUGCCCCGGCCCCCGGCGACGACAAGCCCGACGAGAAGAAGCCCAGCGAUGACGGCAAGACCAUCAACAUCGAGCACCUCGAGUACGUCACCAACAAGUACACCUGUAUUGAGGAGAACCACACCAUCGAUCUGGCCCUCCUGGUCGAGGCUGGUGACGGCUGCGCCAAGAGCGCCCUGCUCGAGCUUGGCCUCCUCAACAUCCUGCAAUUGAUCCCAGUAAUCAUCAAAAUGAAUAAACCACCGGUCCUCUCCCUCCUCUGCGACCUCAUCGAAGUGCCCAGCAACAGCGACCACGAACAAGAUGUUGCCCGGUUUCUCGACAACCAUCUCACUCAGCUAGGCUACACCGUCGAACGACUCCCGAUCGCAGAUAAAUCGACCCGCGAGAAUGUCUACGCAUAUCUUGGCUCUACGCGAAAAACCCGCGCCUGUCUCUCCGCGCAUAUGGACACCGUACCGCCGCACAUUCCGCUGCGUAUCGAGGGUUCGACGAUCUACGGUCGUGGGGCCUGCGAUGACAAGGGGCCCAUGGCUGCGCAGAUCUGUGCAUUAGAGGAGCUGCGCGCCGAUGGUCUCGUGAAGGAAGGAGAUGUGGGAUUGCUGUUCGUCGUGGGCGAGGAGAAAGGGGGGCCGGGGAUGAUCGCGGCAAAUGACCAGGGCUUGAGCUUUGAGGGGGUGGUUUUUGGGGAGCCGACCGAGGGGAAAUUAGUGGUUGGACAUAAGGGACAUUUAGUCUUUGAGCUGAUUGCGGAGGGAAAGGCCUGCCACUCAGGAUACCCUCAUCACGGCGUGAAUGCGAACACGGCGCUAAUCACAGCUCUUAAUGAUUUCCUGUCGACCGAGUUUCCUGAAUCGCCACUUCUAGGCCCGUCAAACCUCAAUAUCGGGAAGAUUGAAGGAGGCGUGAGCUAUAAUAUUGUGCCGGCAACUAGUACCGCUCUCUGCGCUGUUCGCGUGGCGACUGACAUGGAUGGGAUCAAGAAGAUUGUCGCGGACGUCGCUUCUCGGCAUCCGAAUGUUCGACAUGAAUUCAAAUUUGAAUACCCUGAAACACUGUUGGAUCAUGAUGUUGAAGGUUUUGAGACGGCUCCAGUGUCGUAUGGGACGGAUGUACCUCGUUUCAAGGGCAACCACAAGAAGUAUCUAUAUGGGCCUGGGUCGAUUUUGGUGGCACACGGAGAAAAAGAGCAGAUCGAGCUGAGCGAGCUGCUAGAAGGAGUCCAGCAAUACAAGAAGUUAACUCUCCAUUUGCUGAAAGGCGAUGCAUGA